AUGGCUCUGCCACCGCCAUCCUCUGGACUCGAACAGCCAUCCCCUGCCGGGACCACCCAAGACGUCACAAGCGCCGCCCACGACGAGAAACAAGAAGCAAACCCCGAGCCACCAGCUGAAGGCCCGUUUCUGAGCCACGAAGACGAGUACCCAGAAGGGGGCAUGCGAGCUUGGUCAGUGGUGCUAGGCUCGUGGUUCGCCUCCUUCUCGGCAUUAGGGAUCUCGAACAGCGUUGCAACCAUCCAUGCCUACAUCAGCUCCCACCAGUUGGCCAGCUAUAGCGAAGGCCAGAUCGGAUGGAUCUUCUCGACGUACAUGUUCCUGAUCUUCUUCUGCGGGAUCUAUGUCGGGCCCAUCUUUGACAAGUACGGAUCGAGGUGGCUGAUAUUGUCUGGAACCAUCUGCGUCGUUGCGGCCCAAAUGUUGCUGAGCAUCUCUACGCGUUUGUUCUUCCCUAAACGCCCCCUGACCCCUUCCCCAAGUGUUCCCCAAACGACCAAGUGUCCUAACUUGUUCAAUUGUCAAGAGUUCUGGCACUUCAUGCUGGCCUUCGGAGUCCUCAACGGCAUCGGCGGCUCCCUCUUGUUCACGCCCUCCCUCGCCGCCAUCGGCCAUUGGUUCUACCACCGUCGAGGCCUCGCCACGGGCAUCGCCUCCACGGGGGGCUGUUUCGGCGGGAUAGUCUACCCCAUGCUGCUCCGCGCCAUGUUCGAGCGCGCGGGCUGGGCCUGGGCGAUCCGCACCGUCGCCUUCAUCGUCCUCGUCUUCUGCGGCGCCGCGAUUCUGCUCAUCGAUACGCGGCUGCCCCCGGCCCCGGAUGCAUCGCCGCAUCCCGACCUCCGCAUCCUGCGAGACCCAGCGUUCGCCCUGACCACGCUCGGCAUCUUCCUUCUCGAGUGGUCGUUGUUCAUACCCCUCACCUACAUCUCCAGCUACGCCAUCCACCAAGGCUUCGAUCUCGACUUCGCGUACCAGAUCCCGACGAUCCUCAACGCCGGCAGCGUGGCUGGUCGGAUCCUCGCCGGCUGGUUCGGCGACUUUGCCGGCCCGUUCAACUCCAACAUCUUGGCCGUUGCCUUGAGCAUUGUGGCCUGCUUGGCCGUGUGGCUGCCCGCGGGGUCGUCUACGGCAGGCAUCGUUGUAUUCGUCGUCCUGUUUGGCUUUGCCAGCGGAAACAACAUUAGCAUUAGCCCCGUUUGUAUCGGGAAGCUCUGCAAGACGGAGAAUUACGGGCGUUAUCAAGCCACAGCGUACACUGUGGCUUCCUUCGCUUGUCUCUUGGACAUUCCUAUUGCUGGCGAGAUCAUUUCUGCGCAGAAUGGCAGUUAUUGGGGGUUGAUCUUGUUUACGGGUCUGAUCUAUGUCCUAUCACUCGUUGCGUUGAUGGCUGCCAAGGUCAGGUGUGCAGGGUGGAAGAUCACCGCCGUGUUCUAG